AUGGUCCGUCCCCUGGGCAACGAGCUGCUGAAAUUGCUCAAGCUGACGUGUUCUCCCGCAAGCGCUCUUCGCUGCGUGUGCUUCUGCAACAGACCAUGUCGGCCACCGAAUCCUCCCUCGCACCGGGUCAGUAGUUCAAACGGUCAGCCCGUCGACGGCCGAACGGGACCACGCGGUCGCCCCCACACCUCCUCUCACCGCCACCUUCCCUAGCCCGCACAUCCGUUUCGAACCGCACAGACCACCUCAGGCUAACCCCAAUCCCACUCUGUCUCCAGCCCGUGCCUUUAUCGACUUUGUCAACGCCGCGCCGACCCCGUUCCACGCCGUUGCCGAAGCCGUCUCGCGCCUCGAGGCCGUCGGCUUCACGCGCCUAUCCGAGAAGGAUGCCUGGGACCAAGGGGACAAGGUCCGUCCGGGAGGAAAGUACUACGUUACCCGAAACCAGAGCUCCUUGAUUGCUUUCGCGGUGCCCGAAUACAAGAAGGAGGACGAGGGCAAACCGAGGGGGAUGAGCAUCGUAGGGUCAGUCUCGCCCCCGGUACCGGGGAGGAGGCACGGAUGCCUGAAUGCAACAGCUGAUGUUGAACGUCGUAUAUUGUAAUCUUCAGCUGCCACACGGACUCGCCGCGCUUCAUCGUCAGGCCUGUCUCGCGGAGGGAAAAGUGUGGCUUUGCCCAGGUCGGCGUCGAGACCUAUGGUGGGGGGAUCUGGCAGACCUGGCUCGACCGGGAUCUUGGCAUCGCCGGUCGCGUAACCCUCUCCGGAACAGCCUCCUCCAAAAGCCAAGGUGUCGAGUACGCGUCGCACCUCGUCUUGCUUCGUAAACCGAUCUUGCGUAUGCCGACGCUCGCCAUCCACCUCGAGCGAACUGGAACGGACCGAUUUGACUACAACACCGAGACGCAGAUGGUCCCCAUCCUGGCGAUGGCCAACAAGGCGCUGAAUGAGGCGUUUGCUCAGGAGCAUGAUGCGGCCACGGUAUCGUUCAAGGAUCCUCUGGCCAUCACGAGCCAUCACCAUCGUCAGUCACUGAUAGCCUCUGCCCUAGGCGCGCGCUUGAAUGUUCCAGGCUGACUAAUGGUCUCUCCCAAUAGCCAUCAUGUUGCAUGCCGUCGCCUCUUCUCUAUCCAAGUCCUUGGGCGAGAAAGUAUCUCCUGCCCAGAUCCACGACUUUGAGCUCUCCCUCUUCGACGUCCAACCCUCGACGAUCGGCGGUGCCUUGAACGAGUUCAUCUUCUCCCCUCGCCUCGACAACCUCUUCUCCUCCUUCGCGGCCGUCCAAGGUCUGAUUCAAUCCGUGUCCUCCCCAACAUGGGCCACAACGAGCUCCGAUGGUCGCGUAUCGAUGAUCGCCCUGUUCGAUCACGAAGAAGUCGGCUCCGUGUCGGCCUUUGGUGCCGAAUCCAACUUUAUCGAAUCGACGAUUGAAAGGGUCGCCGUCGCGCUCAAAUCUCCCUCGGAAUCCACGACCUCGGCGUACCAACGCGCCCUAUCCCGAUCCUUCCUCCUCUCCACCGACAUGGGUCAUUCGCUCCACCCUUCCUUCCCCGAACGACACGAAGAACUUAACCGCCCUCUGAUGAACUCGGGACCAACGAUCAAGACGAAUGCGAAACAACGGUACGCGUCGAAUGCGCAGACGACGUUCUUGCUUCGUAGGGUCGCCGCGAUCGCGCAAGUGCCGUUGCAGGAAUAUGAAGUGAGGAAUGAUAUGGCGUGUGGUUCGACGAUCGGGCCUUUGGUGUCCAAGAUUGGGUUGAGGACGGUCGAUGUGAGUCUUUCAUAGAGGUUGAUCUCUCACUUCAGCCCAUUGCAAGGCAGAAACUGAUGUGCGUUGAAUCAUUCCCAGAUCGGUUGCCCUCAAUUGUCGAUGCACUCCAUUCGCGAAACGGCGGGCACAAAGGACAUGGCUUUGUUGAUUCAGCUGUUCGAAGCCUACUUUGAGAACUUUGGUAAAGUCGAUGAUUUACAGGUCGAUUGA